CUGUUUUAAUGUACACUGUUUGCUUGCAGGUCCCCAUGGGAACCUCGUCACACACCAAAAUUCGGUUGGCGAACAAGGGAGUCAAGCGGUUGAACAGCUCCGGAUACGGAGAUCACUAUGUCCAUCUGAAAAUCCGGAUACCACAGCGCCUAAAUGACAAGCAGAAAGCGCUGAUUCAGGCGUAUGCUGAACUGGAAACGGACACACCCGGCACUGUCGACGGCAUAGUCAACACAAGGCAAGGCAAAACUGCAAUGGACGAUCCAAGCGGUUUAGUGAGGCAAAUUCGAACUGCACUGGAUGAACCCGUGGUAGAACCGGUAGAAGACCAAAAUAAUAACAAAGUGUAGUUUCUUAUUUGUUUGUUCCCUGUGAAACAUUGUAUUUAGGCCUUAUUACAGCCUAUUAGUUUCAUUUUUUGUUGAACCGGCAUCAAUAAAUGAACGUAUCGUUAGUCACCACUUGU